AUGUCGAUAAAGGCGGUCCAUCUAGAGAUUGUCAGCGAUCUGACCUCGGACGGUUUCCUCGACGCGCUACGGAGAUUUAUAGCAAGACAAGGAUGCCCGGAGCAUUUGUAUUCCGAUAACAGGACCAACUUCAGAGGUGCAAACAAUCAGUUGAGAGAAAUGUACGCUUGUUUUAACUCAAAGAACCAUCGAGAUGCCGUAAAUAAGUUCACGCUCGAACAUCGUAUCACGUGGCAUUUCAUACCUCCGGCCGCGCCACAUUUUGGGGGUCUUUGGGAAUUGAUGGUGAAACUAUUCAAGCAUCAUCUCAAACGCGUCAUAGGAGAAUCCCUAUAUACGUUCAAACAAUUAGACACGUUCGUAACUGAUAUAGAAGGUAUUUUAAAUUCUCGCCCAAUCACUUCUUUAUCUUCCGAUCCGAGUAAUUUACUAGUGCUGACACCCGCCCACUAUCUCAUCGGCCGACCACUAACAACGCUCCCGGAGGGAGAUUUAACUUCUGUUUCAGCAAACCGAUUAACUGUCUGGCAGCAUGUCAGCAAGAUGCGGCAAGAUUUCUGGGCCCGUUGGUACCUCGAAUACUUGAAUGAACUCCAGGUACGCAGCAAAUGA